AUGUCAAAUUCUUCUCAAGCCUUAGCCCCAAAUGAUACAAGUGAUGCAGAAACUUCCACAGGAUUUAGCUUUCCGGUUGUCUUUCCAUCGGAAAAAUGUACUGAUAGUUCAAAUAAUAUAGGUUUUCCACCAGCGACUGACCAAAAGUCUUCGUUAACUUCCGAAGGCGGGCUAGGCGGGCUGACGUUAACUCCAUAUUCUUCGUCAUUCAACAUUAACGGUCAGAAUUAUUACUAUAAUAUCUCUGCUAAUGCUGCUGCCGGCUCGGAUCAUGGCACUUCUAAGGAUAAUACUGUUAUAGUUGCUCCAUUGUGUCCGACUGUUGAUAAUACGAUUGUAGAUAUUCAACCGUCGUUGCAGCUGGAGUCAAAAACACCAGCAGAAUAUGCUCUGAGCAUUUUGUUCAGACAGUUUGCAAAAGUUGCCGAAAAGAAAUUAUCUAUUAUAAUGAAUCAUAGUGUGGAUCACGAGCUAGAGUUUGCUAGCCAUUUAGGUCCCGGCGUUGAUCAAUCUUUUGAUAAACUAUUAAAUUCUUUGGGAUAUAUAGCAAGGCAUAAACCGAAACCGGUAAUCGACUCGGUAUUGUAUUGGAGAAAAGAAAAACAAGAAUCAAAACAAGAUAUUCCGGACGCGCCUUCGCAUAAACGUAAUUUGAGUGAUACCGCAUUAAUAAAUCGAAAUAAAGAAAUUGAAAACAUUCUUCUUGAACGAAAAAGGCAAGUUACCUUAUAUAUAGUAUCUCGUACUCUUAUCGAAAUAGUGAAACAAAUACAGCCCGAGACUCUUCGAGAUGAAGUGGGUAAACAAAUGGAAGACCUUGUAUUUAAACUUAUCUUAGAAACUAAACCAGAGGAUAUACAAAGGUCGAGACAUACGUAUGCUGUUUAUGAAUUAUUUGCAGAACUUAUAGGUGGAUUAUCAAAGAUACGUUUCGUGACCGUAUCUGAUAGAUUUAUAGCAAGGUUGGAAAGUUAUGUGAACUUACCUCCACAUGCGUUCAAAGAACAAGAAACAAAAGUGGAAUUAUUAAUCAAAGGAAUGCAUCAUUUACAAUUAAAAAUAUAUCCAAGUGAAGCAUUGGAGGAAACAGCGGAAUUUUUACAGAGUCUGGCCGGAUUUCUAAAAUCAGCACAUGGUGUAAGAAUAAAACAUGCGUAUUCUGAAUUAUUUGUUCGAUUAUUAAUGCCUAUUGCAGGGGUAAAAUCAGAAGUAAAUGUUCCAGCUUGGGUUAGAGCUGUAGAGAUGAUGUUUCCUAAAGCAUGGAAAAUGACCCUCAAACACGUUCAUUACAGAGUUGCGUAUCCGCUAUCUACUACGCUAUUAUGUGUCAGUCAGAGGGAUUAUUUUCUUACCCGGUUGAAUGAUUGUUUAAGUAGUUGUUACACCAGAUUUAAGGAUAAAGCCUUGCGGCAGAUGGCUAUGGGUUGUGUAAUUCGACUUUUAUGGACAUAUUUGUAUCGAUGUUACGAAGGAACCACAUCUACAUAUAAAAGGCUAGAAGAGAUAAUCAAAGUGAUUUUCCCUUCAGGUCGAAGAUCUAUUGUACCUUCUGAUUCUAAUUUGGAUUUACAUGUACAAUUUGUUCUAUUUAUUGGAUUGAAACAUUAUGACUUUUGCAUGAAAAACCUUAUUUUCAUGUUGAUAAACUCUGACAUUUUAGCAUCAUCAUCUAAACCAUCAAUUGAUUAUAUAAUGCCGGAUAGGAUGCGAAUUGGAAUACGAUCUUUUAUGUUGUUAUUAUCGAAUAUACAAUUUUCUGAAUCAAAGCCACCAUUUCCUAGCAAUACUGAUUUAUUAUCACCCAAAAAUUGCAUUGGUGUUAAAAUUAUUUCAGAAGUCCUUCCAGAUGAAAUAUUUAAUCGUGCCGGAUUAAAAGAACAUUUUGACAAAUUUUGUGAGACAGCUCAUAAAAUUGCUUUGAUAUUAGAUACAUCCUUUGGAUCUACACCUGUUCUGGAUGAUAAACCUAAUCGUCCUCCUGCUCUAGCUAUCGUCAUAAACAAUUCAGAUUCAAAUGCAGGAAUUUAUAAUCAAAUGAACUUUUCCUUAUCAAAGGACAAACAACCAUAUUUGAAUUUGUUAAGAGAAUAUGUUGAUUCACUUCCACGAUUGUUACCAAAUAGGACAGCAAAUUACAGAUUGGUAGAGAUGUUGUGUAAAUAUACAGUUCAUCUAGAUUCAAAUCUUGCUUUUUCCGCAGCUUUAGCUUUACGAAGAAUCGCAAAUCAAUGUGGAGCUGCUACAGUAGUCAUGGCUUUCUCACACAUUGUAUAUAGAAUUGAUGAUAAAUAUUCUGAUAUUCUUAUUGGGGAUCAUUCAGGAAAUGGACAUAGAUAUGGAGGUGUAUUGCGAUUAUAUCUUGAUCUGCUUCAAAUUUGGUUAAUGCAAUUACAGCAGAACAAUCCAAAUGAUACAUCAGAUUGUUCAAAUCCUACAUCACCAAAAAUAUCUAAUGGGGUUGAAGAUCCUAGUAUAUGGACAAUCAUUGAGGAAGCUGAAGCAAAUGGAUUAUUUUUCCUUUGCAGUACUUCAUGUCUUAUUCGAAAGUAUGCGAUUAAUAUUCUUCAUCUUGUUGCUGAUCUUGAACGAGAAUUUGACGAGCGGAAUGAAAAAAAGAAUUUUAGACGUGCACGUCGAAAUACUACUUCGAGUAGCGAAAGUAAAUCAUCGGGUAUUUCAGGAGUAGAUGAUGAGGGUCAAAUUAUAUGCAAUAAUAAUCUUGAUGAACAUGGACUUAUUAAUUGUGCUUCGAUAAAAUUAUUUUAUUCUGCUAAUAGCAAAGACAAUGAUCAAUUGUAUACACGAGUAAUUCACGUUCUUACUCGUGGUGGUGGACAUUUAAUUACCUUUGAUACCGAUUUACAAAAUUCUUUAUCAAUUAUUGAACAUGUUUUGCUUCAAAAACAUCAGCAAGAAGGAAAAAGGGAUAUUUUAUUACGAUUAAUUGAAAGUGAUGAUACCAAUGAAAAUAGGAUAUGGUUGAGAUGUUUUCCAGAUUUUAUGAAAAUAUGCUUUGAGUACUUUCCUGUUACUGUAGCUUUAUGUCGAAACAAUGUAUGUGCUCGUUUAUUGCAAAUGCAGAAUUCCAUUAACAGCGCUUCAGAUGCAAUACGUGCUCCAGUUGCACCUUUAUCUAUGGCCAAAUUUCAUAAAAUACCAGUUAUAGCAGCAACAGAUGACAUUAUAGAACAGUGGAAAUUUUAUUUAUUAGUUGCUUGUUCAAUUAUAACAGAUAAUUAUGUAGAUCGAAUUCGAACAAAUAGACGAAAUCGUUCCGAAUCAUCUUCAGAACGCACAAUGUCUGCUAGGACACUUUUUAAAAUGGUUUUACCUUUAUUAGCUUCAGAAAGUAAAAUCAGUAAUGCUGUAGUAACAUCUUUAGGUAAUAUUAAUGAAAAUGUAUAUAAAGUGUUACUUGAAGACAUGCAACCAUAUUUUAGGCAUGUUUGUGAGGAUUAUAAGUUUAAAGCAAAUAAGCAAUCAUCUAAUGCUCAUAAAAAAGCUCGAAGGAAUGAUAAAAUGCGUUCUGAGUUAGCUCAUGUAUAUCAGCUCACCGCUCAUUUUCUUAUUAAAGAGAAAUAUAUACGUGAUGAAACAAUUGUAAAUUGGAUAAUGAAUUUUAUUAAUGAAACGUAUCUUUUUCUUAAAGAUUCUGAGAUUAGUUUGGAUUGGUGGGAAUGGAAUAAACUUCGAAUGUAUUUUUGUGGAGUUGUUGAAAAAUUGUAUGAUGGCAUAUCAUUAGCAAAAGUCUAUAAUGAAAUAAUGUCUUCUGAAAUGCGAACUUCACUUUACUUAAUGAUUGAGGAAUGGUGUGGUCAUGGUGUAAGAGGAUUACAAUAUAGAGUAACAAAUUUUAUGGAUCAAUAUAAGGAUGCUGAAGAUAGGCGUCCAAUAGCAAAGGAAGGUGAACGUAAGUCUUUGGAAUUUGCAGCUUUGAAUGCUAUGGCUUCAUUAUGUAGAGGACCUUUAGUUAUGAGUGACAAAAAUGUAAUGAAAAAGUCACAAUUAUCUUUACCUGAUGCUGAUAGUGUAUUUGCAUGGAUUCAAUCGGUUUUUGAAAAUCCUCAGGAUAAACUUCACCCAAUUGCCAGGAAAGCUCUUGAAGGUUUAUUAAUAUCAAAUUCUCAUGUGCCACAAUUCCUUGAAAUUGCAGUCCGUCAUUGUUAUUCAGGGAAUCCAGCACUUAAAAGUACACAAGGUUAUUUCCUCGCUGUAGCAGAAAUUUUUUUCAAGGAGAAUGAAUAUCCCUGUGAAAGAGCAUGCCAAAUGAUGUCUUUGGCUCUUUUUAAAGUUGGAGAUGCUGAGUUAGAAAUUCGUCAGAAUGCUCUUAGAUUGUUAAAGAUCAUAGAAACCCGGUUUUUUGGCGAGAUCUGCUCUGAUGAAUUCGAUGUGGGCAUCACAAGUCAGUUAUCUUCAAUCUAUAAGCAAGCGCAAAUUCAUUUAUCAGCACGCCUUGCAGAAAAGGCUCGUAAAAGAGACGAAGAAAAGUGUAACCUAAUGAUUAAUGAUCUAAAGCCAAAGAGUUUCAAAGAUUUAUAUGAGGAAACUCAUUAUAUGCUUUCAGAAAUUACAAACCGUUUUGAGUUUAUACCGGACAAAGUAAAAAAGGACGUGCUUUGUUAUUUGGUACCUUGGAUUCGUAAUGUCGAAUUGUUAUUUGAAAAUUGCGAGUUACAAACGACCACAUUUGUAAUGAUUUCAAAUCUCUUUUUCAUUACCGUUAAAUAUGGAGAUUUAUUUGUCAAGGAAAUCGAAAAACUUUGGCAACAAUUAGUUAUGGGUGAACAUGAUCGAAAUGUUCGCGCAAUUGUCAAAUAUUUGAUUGACGUUGGAUUGGAGAAAAGGAAUCCUAUAUUUGUCUUACAUGCAAAAAGAGUGUUCAUUUAUUUAGGACGUACUGCCUCAAGUUCUGCUGUGAUUAAAGCUUUAAUCAACGAGAUAACACCAAAAUCAAUGACCCCUCAACCUAAGGAACCAAAAGAGAAUAUCGACGUUGAGGAGUUAAAAAUCGGUGGAAUGUAUCUUUCUAAGAUCGAAGAUGCGAUGCCUCAACAUCAUAAACGUCCCGUUUUUUCAUCAGGACAAUUAGCAAUGUUGUAUAUGGUUGACAUGGCGAUUGAGACCAAACCUGAUUUCGAAUUGCACCUUCCAAGAUUACUUCACGUUUUAUUUGUACAGUUGGACGCAGUUAAUCCACUUAUUAGUGAAGAAACUCGAUCGUUACUAAUAAAUCUAAUUCAUUCCGUUAUACUUAGUAAAUGUGUCUAUCCUGAUGUAGUAAAGGUUGCACGCGCAUUGGUAAUAGAAUUAAAAGCAAAGGAAGGUUCACGAUUAUGGGAAUAUGAAGACAUGACUUAUCAUAAUCGAACGAUUAGCAGCCUUGCCGAUUUGGAAAAAUUGUCUAAAGACGUUGUUAACAUAUUCGGUAUUGUCGUAUAUGGUGAAAGUAAUAAGGAAGAUCUUAGACAAAUGUGGGGUGAAAUGGCAUUAAAGUGGGCAACUUCUUGUCCAGUCCGUCACAUCGCUUGUCGUUCAUUUCAAAUUUUUCGUUCUUUGAAUCCGGUGUUUAAUGAACAUAUGCUCGCGGAUGUUCUUGCACGUUUAUCCAACACCAUUUCAGAUAAUUCAGAUGAUUUCCAAGGGUUCGCAUUGGAAAUUUUGAUCACUUUAAGUCAUGUUGUUGAUUGGCUUGAGCCUGGUACAAAGGAAAUUUUUCCACAAUUAUUGUGGGCCACUAUCGCAUGUCUUCAAACAAUUAAUGAGCCUGAAUAUUUAGAAGCGUUGUCCAUAUUGGAUAAAAUCUUGGAUAAAUUUGAUUUAUCAGAUGAUGAAAAUCAAGAUUUGUUUUGGAGUUUUUUUCCAAAACAUAAAUGGCAUGGUCAAUUUUAUGGAAUACAACCUCUAUUAAUGAAGGGAAUUUGUUCUGCCACGGCGUGCCAUCGAACAUUUGAAAUGUUAAAGAAGUUAUUAUUCAUAAGAGAUGAUCAAUUGAUUGAUCCAGGCCAUGGAAGACUUUUAUAUCUAAUUCUCGCCAACCUUCCAAGACUUGUUCAUUCUUUGGAAGAUGAAUCAAUACGAGAAGAGUGUAAGCAAUGGGCUAUUUACUUGUCAGAUUUUGCAGAGCAUCAAGAAUUUCAUAACCUUAAUAGAGUGUUAACGUCUUUUGUUAAAGGAAAAUUUCGUUCUAAAGAUGAUUUUUUGAAGCAAAUUAUACUUUGCAUAAAAGAUAACUACUUCCCCGAUUAUGAAGUACAAACAUUAUUAUUCCUCAUGAGUCUUUUAUCUAAUAGAUUACCUUAUUAUAAAUUAAAAACCAUGAUAAUUCUUAAGAUGUUAUUACCUCAUGUUGACAUAAAAAGAGCGGAAUUUGUUGCCAUUGGAUCCGAGCUAAUUUUACCGUUACUUCGACUAUUACAAACCCAAUAUUCACAAGAAGCCUUAGAAGUUCUUGAUGAAACAAUAUCAAUACCCGGGGGGCCAAAAGAUAAGCAAAUACUUCGAAUGAGUAUUGCAACGCGUAGAGGAAAUAAUGUAGAAGGAGUAGCAACCCUUUUUGGUGAACCUGAUGAUUCGGGGUGGGCGAUACCUGAUAGAAUCGUAUCUAUGGAAGCCACAAGAUAUAAUAUUCAUGCGGUAUGUUAUACAUGUAAAGUAACGCCUCAAGAUCAAGAUUAUCAAUUUUUUGCCGAGGACAUAGCACAAGGUUAUAUUGAAGAGGAGAUUCCUACAAGAGAAUAUCGAUAUCGGGAGAUUGUGUCCAAAUUACAAGAUUUGAAUGAAUAUUUCCUUCCAGGCGACGAUGUGCAAGGUUUUGGAGGAGACUUUGUUGAACCAAGUCCAAACGAAUAUGAAUCUAGGGCAGAUGCGAUAUUACAAAGAAGUUUAUCAAAAUCACCAUCAAAUAGUUCAUUUAAGAAUUAUGUCGAACCAUUUACAUCAAAUUCUAAUUCCAAUAAUAGUAUACCGCCAUAUCAUUCGUUACAAAAGGAAAAUGAAGAAUACAUCAAUGGUCAAACAAGGCAACAACAGUUCUUUUCAAUUGGAAAAUUUACUUCAAAGGCCUUCUUCACAUGGUCAUACUUCAUCAUUGUAAUGUAG